GAAAUUUUCCGCGCUUUCGUCGGUGAAAGUUCACAACUUAAAGAGUGGCGGGAGCUGUUGUCAACCAGGGGCUGCUGUGAAGAAGCAACUUAAAUUGUUUGCAACUAUAACUUUGCUGGAAACGAAGCAGCAGGUGAUCGCUGCCCGGACAGGUUUCACUGUGACAGCAGUCCUACGUUUAGGCAUGGAUAUUAAAAAGCGCAAUGGCGGCCCUUUUAUGGCGUCCCAGGCCAAACGGGGUAAAAUCGGUAGUGAAUGGGAGGAUAGUCCAUCGCAGUUUGAAGAGGAAUUGUCCAUGUUUGAUGAUGCAGAGAUGGAGGCAGAGGAGACGGAGGGCCAGGCGGGCCAUGAUGUCAUUCCUGUAGGUGACCUCUUCUCAGCAGACCUGAACCCUCGUUGGCCGCGGCCGAACGCCCCGACGCUGGACCCAUCAUCUGAUACCUUGGUGUUUCAGCAGAUUGAUCUUGACUAUUAUUUAGGUGCGUCAGUGGCUGGCAUGCCAGGUCAGUCCCAGGGAACGGUCCCCAUAAUUCGGAUGUUCGGGGUGACAGACAGUGGCAACAGUGUGUGCUGCCAUGUCCACGGUUUUGCACCUUACUUCUAUGUUCCUGCACCAAAUGGGUUCAAAUCUGAUCACCUGGGUGAGUUUAAAAGAGAGUUGAACUGUGCUGUCCUGAAGGACAUGAGAUCCAAUAAGGACAACAUAUCGGUGACAGUGCUGGCUGUGGACAUCACCCGUAAAGAGAACAUGUAUGGCUACCACGGGAAACGCAGCCUUGAUUUUUUGCGGAUAACCAUGGCGAUGCCUCGUCUCAUCGCCCCGGCAAAGAGACUGCUGGAGCAGGGCUUCAAGUUCGGACCGUAUCCCCUCCAGGGGUACCAACCCUAUGAGGCUAACAUAGAUUUUGAGAUAAGGUUCAUGGUGGACAGUGAUGUGGUGGGAUGCUGCUGGAUUGAACUUCCCAAAGACAAGUACAGAGUGCGUGAAGAGAAGAGCCCAGGGCAGACGGAUUCUCGGUACCCAGGAAAGGCGUCCUUGUGUCAGUAUGAGGUGGACGUGGGAUGGACAGAUCUGAUCAGUCACCCUGCAGAGGGAGACUGGCAGAGGAUCGCUCCGCUCAGAGUCCUCAGCUUUGACAUCGAGUGUGCAGGAAGAAAAGGAAUCUUCCCAGAAGCAGACAAGGACCCCGUGAUUCAGAUCGCCUCUAUGGUGCAGCGUCAGGGAGAGACGGAGCCGUUCAUCCGCACCGUGUUCACCCUCCAGUCCUGCGCCAGCAUCGUCGGCUCUCAGAUAUUGUGCUUUACACAGGAGAAACAGCUACUGCAGAGCUGGGCAGAGUUUUUAAGGACAGUGGACCCAGACAUCAUCACUGGAUACAACAUCCAAAACUUUGACUUCCCCUACUUGCUCAACAGGGCAGCUGCUUUAAAGGUGAAUCUCUUUCCUUACCUGGGUCGAGUGCGAGGCAUCAAGUCGGUCAUUAAAGACCUAAACUUCCAGAGCAAGCAGAUGGGCCGCAGAGAAAACAAGAGCGUUAACAUGGAGGGCCGGGUUCAGUUCGAUCUACUGCAGGUUCUCCUCAGGGACUAUAAACUGCGUUCUUACACACUGAACGCUGUGAGUUUCCACUUCCUGCAAGAACAGAAGGAGGACGUGCAGCACUCCAUCAUCACUGAUCUGCAGAACGGCAACGAACAGACGCGUCGUCGUCUGGCCGUCUACUGCCUGAAGGACGCCUACCUCCCGCUGCGCCUGCUGCAGAAGCUGAUGUGUGUGAUUAACUACAUGGAGAUGGCCAGAGUGACGGGCGUGCCUCUCACCUACCUGCUCUUAAGAGGACAGCAGAUCAAAGUCGUCUCUCAGCUGCUGCGACAGGCCAUGAAGCAGGACCUGGUCAUGCCUGUUGUAAAGACAGAGGGAGGAGAAGAUUACACUGGAGCAACUGUCAUCGAGCCAGAGAAAGGGUAUUACAGCGUUCCUAUUGCCACACUGGAUUUCUCCUCCUUGUAUCCGUCCAUCAUGAUGGCACACAAUCUGUGCUACACCACCCUGCUGCAGAAGGGCUCAGCAGAGAGACAGAGCCUCUCACCAGAGGACUUCAUCAAGACUCCGACUGGAGAUACGUUUGUAAAGAGCUCUGUGAGGAAAGGACUUCUACCUGAGAUCCUGGAGAACCUGCUGUCUGCCAGGAAGAAGGCCAAAACAGAGCUGAAGAAGGAGACGGACCCGUUCAAGAGGCAGGUGCUGGACGGCCGACAGCUGGCUCUCAAGAUCAGCGCUAACUCAGUCUAUGGCUUCACAGGUGCUCAGGUCGGCAAGCUGCCCUGCCUAGAGAUCUCACAGAGUGUCACAGGUUUUGGAAGACAGAUGAUUGAGCAAACCAAACAGUUGGUGGAGUCAAAGUACACCGUUUCCAACGGUUACCAAGGUGAUGCCAAGGUCAUUUAUGGGGACACAGACUCUGUCAUGGUUAAACUUGGAGUUGCCACGGUGAGGGAGGCCAUGGAGGUUGGGAGGGAGGCAGCAGAGUGGGUCUCAUCCCAUUUCACACCGCCCAUCAAACUGGAAUUUGAAAAGGUGUACUACCCGUACCUGCUGAUCAACAAGAAGCGCUACGCAGGUCUCUAUUUCUCCACCAGUGCAGACACACAUGACAAGAUGGAUUGUAAAGGCAUUGAGACUGUCCGCAGAGACAACUGCCCUCUGGUGGCCAACCUUAUAAACACCUGUCUGCAGAAAAUCCUCAUAGAAAGGGACCCCCAGGGUGCUGUGGGUCACGCUAAAGAAGUGAUCUCAGACUUAUUGUGCAACCGCAUCGACAUCAGCCAGCUGGUCAUCACCAAGGAGCUAACGCGCACCGCCCAGGAGUAUGCUGGCAGACAGGCCCACGUGGAGCUGGCUGAGAGGAUGAAAAAGAGAGAUGCUGGCAGCGCUCCCAACCUGGGAGACCGAGUUCCUUACGUCAUCAUCAAGGCUGCAAAGGGAGUCGCAGCGUACAUGAAGUCAGAGGACCCGAUCUUUGUGCUGGAGAACAACAUUCCCAUCGACACGCAGUACUACCUGGAGCAGCAGCUGUCCAAGCCCCUGCUGAGAAUAUUUGAGCCCAUCCUCGGAGAGACCAAAGCAGAGAACGUCCUGCUCAAGGGCGACCACACGCGCUGCAAGACUGUGCUGACCUCAAAGAUCGGAGGCCUGAUGGCGUUCGCUCAGAAGAGAAGCACCUGCAUCGGCUGCAAAGCUGUGCUCAAGACGGACGCGGCCGUGUGUGAUUUCUGCAAGAAGAAAGAGUCUGAACUGUACCAGAAAGAGAUCUUCCACCUGAACACCCUGGAGGAGCGCUUCUCUCGCCUGUGGACUCAGUGUCAGCGCUGUCAGGGCUCCCUCCAUGAGGAUGUGCUCUGUACCAGCCGGGAUUGUCCCAUCUUCUACAUGAGGAAGAAGGUUCAGAAAGAUCUGGAUGACCAGAGCAAGCUGGUGAACCGUUUUGGAUGGUGAGAGGCGAACACACUCAAUCCUCAUGUGCCUCAUUUCAGACCACCCUGGACUCCUUCACCUCACUAUAUUUUUCUUCUGUCUUUUGGUGCUUGUAAAAAUGCAUAUAUAUAGCACUAUUUCUAUGUUUUCUAAUAUGAAUUGAAAUGUCACAAAGUACUGUGUUUUUGUAAAAUAAAAUCAAAAAGUAAUCU